GGCACAUGCCUGUAAUCCCAGCUACUCGGGAGGCUGAGGGAGGAGAAUCACUUGAACCCGAGAGGCAGAGGUUGCGAUGAGCUGAGAUUGCGCCAUUGCACUCCAGCCUGGGCAACAAGAGGGAAACUCCGUCUCCAAAAAAAGAAGAACACACGAGGUUUAAGCAUAUAUAUAAUUUUUUAUUUUGAUUUAUUUCUUUUGAGACAGGGUCUCACUCUAUUGCCCAGGCUGGAGUGCAGUGGUGCAACCACAGCUCACUGAAGCCUCGAUUUCCUGGGCUCAAGCGAUCCUCCCACCUCAGCCUCCUGAGUAGCUGGGACCACAGGCAAGUACCACCAUGCCUGACUUAACUUUUUUUUCUUUUUUUUUUUGGCAUUAUUUGUAGACACAGAGUUUUGCCAUGUUUCCCAGGCCGGGCUUGAACUCCUGAGCUCAAACGAUUCAUCUACCUUGGCCUCCCAAAGUGCUGGGAUUACAGACGUAAGCCACCGUGCCCAGCCAGAUAUUUUUAAAUUAAAAAUGCAGCUGCAGGAUGUAGAGAGUAGGGAGAAGAGAAUUGUGUUCAUUGUUUGGGUUCCAUGGCUCCUUUGAGUGUGCACAGAUGUGUGGCAAGGGGGUCUCGUGAACCAGUGAAAUGGUAAACAGCAUUUGGGGCAUUAAUGGAUUUCUCUGGUGAGAUGGUCUUUUUUUACUUUUCCUUUUAUAUUUUGAGACUCUCAAAAAGUGUUUUCUACUCAGAAAGAAGAGAGUGGAUGUUUGAUGUUAGCCACUGGUGUUAUGCACAACUAUUUUACCUUUGCCUUUAUAAUGGUAGUCAUCCGGGUGCGGUGGCUCACGCCUGUAAUCCCAGCACCUUGGGAGGCCGAGGCAGGCGGAUCACAAAGUCAGGGGAUCGAGACCAUCCUGGCUAACACGGUGAAACCCUGUCUCUACUAAAAAUACAAAAACAAAAUUAGCCAGGCGUGGUGGCGGGCGCCUGUGGUCCCAGCUACUCGGGAGGCUGAGUCAGGAGAAUGGUGUGAACCCGGGAGGCAGAGCUUGCAUCAUGCCACUGCACUCCAGCCUGGGCGACAGAGCGAGACUCUGUCUCAAAAAAAGAAAAAAAAAUAAUGGUAGUCAAGGUGGAGAUAUUAUUGCAAUUAAUAACUGAAACAGGCCCAGAGCACUUGGUGAUGUAGCAAGCAUCCCUGGUAAGUGUGUGAAUCUCUGAUCCAAGUGGUGUCGGAUGCAGCCUGGUCCUCAUUACUGACUUCUCUGUGUGACAUUGGGUAUGAACAUACUUUCUCUGGGCCUGAGUUUUCCUAUCUGAAAAUCAAGGAGUUUAAACUACGUGAUCUCAAGGACUCUUUUAGCUUUUAAACUGAGGCUGCUUUGUAGCUUCUCCCUUAGUAGUACCUGUUCUCUGUCAUUAUUUACAUGGUGUAAUAUGAACUGCCUAUCUUAGUAACACUUUGUAGAACUUCUGACUGUCUUCUACAAGUGUUCCUGUCCCAGUAAGCUUGUAGAGCCUUCUUCCUAAAAUCUCAGUGAAUUGGAGUAGAUGUAUGAUGCAAAAUUCUGGUUUUAAAAUUUUUAAUCAGUUUAUUUUCUGUUGCAGUUUGUUAAUUUUAAUGUAUUUGAUCGAUGCUGAGUAAAGCAAAGUGCUACAGACCUAGUUCUCUACUCGUUGCUUAUUUGCCUUACCCCAAAUAACGCUUGGGAGAAGGAGAUGCCGACCCAAGUCUCUAUGAUGGAAAGUUGCAGGGACUUUUAACACCCCUAGGACCGUGGAAUUGCAGUUAGUUAGCCUUGGGUGAAAUGCUACACCCAAAUGCAUUGCAAGUUGUGGCUCUAGAUAGUUUGCAGAGGAGGCUCAGGGCUAGAGCCUGCAGCUAAGUGCCACUAGCGUAGCUCUCUGAUGACUCUUUGUGAUAGGAUGAUCAUUCAAGGUUGGAGAGGAAUAACCCCCAGGGGCUCCCAGUGAUACGGCAGAGGAGGAUCCAGCCCCACACUCUGGCUGCUGGUGACAGGCAGGAGUGACAGUAACAGGUACAAUGAUGGCUGCGUUUCACCUUUGCUGGAAGCUGGGAGUGAAUAGCCGGGUCCGUUAUAUUCUCUUUGGAAAUAUACUUCCUUAAAUGAUGGACAUUCCUAAAUCCAUCUAGGAAUGUUGGAUGUAUCUAUCUAUCUAUCUAUCUAUCUAUCUAUCUAUGUACUGUAUUAAGCCCCUUCUCAAAAUUGUAGUUUCAGAAGUAUAGUUUGAUAAUUCAUAAUCAAGUUCUUAUUCUUUAUGCCCAGAAGUCUGUAUUCUGCACAGACUUGCAUACCCCUAGCUGCGCUAAAGUUCAGAAGUUUGAGCUGCCACUGAAGUAUUGACUGUGGAGAGGCGGGGUUUUCUGUCUCCAAUGAGGUGCCUUUGGUGUCGGGAAAGCCUAUCGUCUUUCGCAGGAGUGCUUGCUCUGUAAUCCAGGCAAUAGCCACGCAGCCGGUUUUAUUGUUUGCGGAGUCCUGCGGCUCUGAACGAGCGCUUCACAGACGGGAAGGAGAGCAAGUGGGCGGUUUAUGAUUCUGCCCUGUGCUGGGGCGAGUGAGCUGAGCUCUUUGAUUUCUCCCAAGUAACCGUGUGGGUGAACUGUAAACUGGGUGCCUGGCUUGACCCUGACUCUUUUUCUCUAGGGUGAGGAGUUACUUCACCAGGGCAGCUGGCUUUCUGCCCUGGUGGGGAAAGAUGCCCAGGAAAGGAGUAGGAUUACAAUUUGGGAUGCUAGGGACACGCCAAAGAGUCGGGGUGCCUUGGCUUUGUGUUUUGCAAAGUCCUGACAAGUGCUCCUGAAAUGAACACGCUGCUUCAUUUUUUAAAUUAUACUUUUAUUUAUUAUUUUUUGGCCGUGGAUAUCGCCGAUCUAGAAACGGAGUCCACAAUGUGGCUAGGGUAAAACAUUUUUCUUUUCUUUCUUAACCCCUCCUUUUCCCUUUCUUUUUAAUUGGGUGACACAGAAGCCGUCUUUUUGGAUAAUGCGGUGCCUGACUGUCAGCGUUGUCUAAGAGGGAAACAGCAGGCUCGUGGAGAGGACCUGGGCCAACGCAAAAAACCCAGCGUUUUGUUUGCUGGGCUGUUCUUUGUCUCUAGUUGAUUUUGAAAAGAAGAUGAAAAAGGAAGGCUCUUCAGGUUCCUUCAGACUCCAGCCGAAUACAGGUUCUCUCUCACGUGCUGUGAGUUGGAUAAAUUUCUCCUCCUUGUCCAGGCAGACAAAGAGGCUGUUUCGCAGUGAUGGAGAGCUCUCGGUGUGUGGGCAGCAGGUGGAAGUGGAUGACGAAAACUGGAUAUACAGAGCCCAGCCCAGAAAAGCGGUUUCCAACCUAGAUGAGGAAAGCCGAUGGACAGUCCACUACACUGCCCCGUGGCACCAGCAGGAGAAUGUGUUCCUUCCCACCACAAGACCCCCCUGCGUUGAGGACCUGCACCGCCAAGCCAAGCUCAACCUCAAAUCAGUACUGAGGGAAUGCGAUAAGUUGCGGCAUGAUGGCUACCGCAGUUCUCAGUACUACUCUCAGGGACCCACCUUUGCGGCCAACGCCAGCCCAUUCUGUGAUGUUUACCAAGACGAAGAUGAAGAAACAGAUCAAAAGUGUUCUCUGUCUUCAUCAGAAGAAGAAAGAUUUAUUUCCAUCAGGAGACCUAAAACACCAACCUCAAGUGACUUCUCCGACCUUAAUACUCAGACGAACUGGACCAAGUCGCUUCCACUGCCAACACCAGAAGAGAAGAUGCGACAGCAAGCCCAAACAGUCCAGGCUGACGUGGUGCCUAUUAACAUAACUGGGGAGAAUUUCGAUCGCCAGGCCAGCCUUCGGCGGUCUCUAAUUUACACAGACACUCUGGUAAGACGACCGAAGAAAGUCAAAAGGAGAAAGACUAUUACAGGAGUCCCUGACAACAUACAGAAGGAGCUAGCAUCAGGCACUGGCCAAGAUGAUGUUGAUGGCCACUCAGUGUACACCCCUGAUCACUACUCUACACUAGGAAGGUUCGAUAGCUGUCGGUCUGCUGGGCAGCGCUCAGAAACCAGGGACUCCAGCUGUCAGACGGAGGAUGUGAAGGUCGUACCACCUUCCAUGAGGAGAAUCAGGGCACAGAAGGGGCAAGGCAUUGCUGCCCAGAUGGGCCACUUCUCAGGUUCCUCUGGCAACAUGUCUGUGCUGAGCGAUUCUGCAGGGAUCGUAUUCCCUUCCCGCCUUGACAGUGAUGCUGGCUUCCAUAGUCUUCCGCGUUCUGGAGCAAGGGCAAACAUUCAGUCCCUUGAGCCGAGGCUGGGUGCCCUCGGCCCUGCAGGAGACAUGAAUGGCACUUUCCUCUACCAGAGAGGUCACCCACAAGCAGAUGAAAACUUAGGCCAUUUAGGAGGUGCCUCAGGGACUGGAACACUUUUGAGACCCAAAUCCCAGGAGCUGAGACACUUCGAGAGUGAAAAUGUAAUGAGCCCAGCGUGUGUGGUUUCUCCUCAUGCAACCUACUCCACCAGCAUCAUCCCAAAUGCCACACUGUCUUCCUCUUCCGAGGUCAUCGCUAUUCCCACUGCUCAGAGUGCGGGACAGCGGGAAAGUAAAAGUUCUGGCUCAUCACAUGCAAGGAGAAAAUCCAGAGACCACCUCAUCUCCAGGCAUGCUGUGAAAGGUGAUCAUCAGUCUCCCGGUUGCCACUGGAAUGAGGGCCAUACCACCAUUCUUUCACAGGACUUAGACCCUCAUUCCCCUGGUGAACCCACACUGUUGUCCCUCUGUGACUCAGCCGUCUCUCUAAAUGCUCCAGCAAAUAGGGAGAAUGGGUCCCAAGCUAUGCCGUAUAAUUGUAGAAACAACCUGGCCUUCCCAGCCCACCCCCAAGAUGUGGAUGGCAAGAGUGAAUCUAGUUAUUCAGGGGGCGGAGGGCACAGCAGCUCGGAGCCCUGGGAAUACAAAUCCUCAGGUAAUGGAAGGGCAUCCCCCCUGAAGCCGCAUUUAGCAACUCCUGGCUAUUCCACUCCCACAAGUAACAUGAGCAGCUGCAGUUUGGACCAAACGUCCAACAAAGAGGAUGCUGGGUCACUGUAUUCUGAGGACCACGAUGGCUACUGUGCAUCUGUGCACACUGACUCUGGACAUGGAUCUGGGAAUCUGUGCAAUAGCAGUGAUGGCUUUGGGAACCCCAGGCACAGCGUGAUCAAUGUUUUUGUUGGAAGAGCUCAGAAGAACCAAGGGGACCGGUCCAAUUACCAGGAUAAAUCCCUAUCAAGAAACAUCUCUUUGAAGAAAGCAAAGAAGCCUCCCCUGCCACCCUCCCGGACAGACUCCCUCCGCAGGAUUCCCAAGAAGAGCAGCCAGUGCAACGGGCAGGUGCUCAACGAGAGCCUGAUCGCCACACUCCAGCACUCGCUGCAGCUGAGCCUCCCAGGCAAGAGUGGCAGCUCGCCCUCCCAGAGCCCCUGCAGUGACUUGGAAGAGCCCUGGCUGCCCCGCUCCCGGAGCCAGAGCACAGUUAGUGCUGGCAGCAGCAUGACUUCCGCCACCACCCCCAAUGUCUACUCCCUGUGCGGGGCCACGCCAUCGCAGAGUGACACAAGCAGCGUCAAGUCAGAGUACACGGACCCCUGGGGUUAUUACAUUGACUACACGGGCAUGCAGGAAGAUCCGGGGAACCCGGCAGGGGGCUGUUCAACCAGCAGUGGGGUGCCCACUGGGAACGGGCCAGUCCGCCAUGUCCAAGAAGGGUCCAGAGCCACAAUGCCCCAAGUGCCCGGUGGUUCAGUCAAACCAAAGAUCACGUCACCAGAGAAGUCACACAGAGUCAUUUCUCCAUCCAGUGGGUAUUCCAGCCAGUCGAAUACACCCACAGCACUCACCCCUGUGCCUGUGUUUUUAAAAUCAAUGUCACCAGCAAACGGGAAGGGGAAGCCCAAGCCCAAGGUACCAGAAAGGAAGUCCUCUCUGAUAUCUUCAGUAUCCAUUUCCUCAUCGUCCACUUCUCUUUCUUCUAGUACUUCUACUGAAGGAAGUGGCACUAUGAAGAAGCUGGAUCCAGCCGUGGGCUCUCCCCCGGCUCCUCCUCCUCCUCCUCCUGUUCCCUCUCCUCCAUUCCCUUGUCCUGCAGACAGGUCUCCUUUCCUUCCUCCCCCACCUCCUGUCACAGAUUGCUCCCAGGGCUCUCCUCUGCCUCACUCUCCUGUGUUCCCCCCUCCGCCGCCAGAAGCUCUCAUUCCUUUCUGCUCCCCACCUGAUUGGUGCCUUUCUCCUCCCCGCCCUGCACUGAGCCCCAUUCUUCCAGAUUCACCUGUGUCCUUGCCAUUGCCCCCACCUCUCUUACCUUCCUCGGAACCCCCACCUGCCCCACCUCUUGACCCCAAAUUCAUGAAAGACACCAGGCCGCCUUUCACAAAUUCUGGCCAGCCAGAAUCCUCCCGGGGAUCCUUGAGGCCGCCUUCUACCAAGGAGGAGACCAGCAGGCCCCCCAUGCCCCUGAUAACCACGGAAGCAUUGCAGAUGGUGCAGUUGAGGCCCGUGAGAAAGAACUCAGGCGCUGAGGCGGCACAGUUGUCUGAACGAACAGCUCAGGAACAACGAACUCCAGUUGCUCCACAGUACCACUUAAAGCCAUCUGCUUUCCUGAAAUCCCGAAAUAGCACAAAUGAAAUGGAGAGUGAAAGCCAGCCUGCCUCUGUGACAAGCUCGCUUCUGACGCCUGCCAAGAGCUCGAGUCAGGGUGACCAUGGCAGUGCGGCUGAGCGUGGUGGCCCUGUGAGCCGCAGCCCUGGAGCUCCAAGCGCUGGGGAGGCAGAGGCUCGGCCCAGCCCCAGCACCACCCCACUCCCAGACUCUUCACCCAGCAGGAAGCCACCCCCCAUUUCCAAGAAGCCCAAACUGUUCCUGGUGGUACCACCUCCGCAGAAAGAUUUUGCAGUGGAGCCCGCAGAGAACGUGAACAAAGCCCUCCAAGCUGUGCCCAGCCCCACGACGGGAGAGGAGGGCUCUGUGCACAGCAGGGAGGCAAAAGAGAGUUCUGCAGCCCAAGCUGGCUCUCAUGCCACGCACCCUGGCACCUCGGUUCUUGAGGGAGGAGCUGCAGGAUCCAUGUCUCCCGGCAGAGUGGAAGCCAAUGUCCCCAUGGUUCAGCCCGAUGUCUCACCAGCCCCCAAGCAGGAGGAGCCAGCCGAGAACAGUGCGGAUACUGGGGGCGAUGGGGAGAGCUGCCUAUCUCAACAGGACGGAGCAGCUGGGGUGCCGGAGACCAACGCAGCCGGUUCAUCCUCAGAGGCCUGUGACUUCCUCAAGGAAGACGGGAGUGAUGAGGUAAUGACCCCCAGUCGACCCAGGACCACAGAAGACCUUUUUGCAGCUAUUCACAGAUCCAAAAGGAAAGUCCUCGGCCGUAGAGAUUCAGAUGAUGACCACUCCCGAAACCAUUCUCCCUCCCCGCCCGUGACACCCACCGGCGCUGCCCCAAGCCUGGCCUCUCCAAAGCAAGUGGGGUCGAUUCAGAGAAGCAUCCGAAAGAGCAGCACCAGCAGUGACAACUUCAAAGCUCUGCUGCUGAAAAAGGGCAGUCGUUCAGACACCAGCGCCCGCAUGUCUGCAGCAGAGAUGCUCAAGAACACAGACCCUAGAUUCCAGAGGUCGAGGUCAGAGCCUUCCCCAGAUGCCCCCGAGAGCCCGUCAAGCUGCUCCCCAAGCAAGAACAGAAGGGCGCAGGAGGAGUGGGCCAAGAACGAAGGCUUGAUGCCUCGGAGUCUGUCCUUUUCCGGCCCCAGGUACGGCCGCAGCCGAACGCCGCCUUCUGCCGCCAGCAGCAGGUACAGCAUGCGGAACCGGAUCCAGAGCAGCCCCAUGACCGUCAUCUCGGAGGGAGAAGGGGAAGCCGUGGAGCCUGUGGACAGCAUAGCCUGCGGGGCUCUGGGCGCUGCGGAGGGAUGUUCCCUGGACGGACUGGCGAGGGAGGAGAUGGACGAGGGCGGCCUGCUCUGUGGGGAGGGGCCUGCCGCCUCCCUGCAGCCCCAGGCCCCCGGCCCUGUGGAUGGGACAGCCAGUGCAGAGGGCAGAGAGCCCUCCCCACAGUGUGGCGGUUCUCUGAGCGAGGAGAGUUAGGGCCAAGAACGUAACUCUCCCAGGUGACACGGGGGGAGAUGAGCAAUGCAGCACUCUAGGAAGCCUGCUAGGCGCCCUUCCCUGGCUCACCCGGGGAGCCCACUCUGCUUCUGUGCUGUGGGCCCCGGGGUUGCCAGCCCGGCAGUGUGAGUGAACGGUUAUUUAGGACUCACCUGGCACUUGCCCUGUGGCUUAAGAACAAGUAGAAGCUUAAACUUCUGAAAGUGCUUCCCGGGGAAGAUUUUUUUUUUAUUUUUUUUUAUUUUUUAUUUUUUUGCUAAAUGCUGGGUGUGUGUGUGUGUGCAUUUUCAACACUUUUUAAUUUUUUAAAAAUACACAUAUACACAAACAACGUGUACAGAAAUAGAAGAAAGCAAGCCAGACUUAAGCUUGGUAGAGUAACGGAGUCCUCUGGACUAGGCGGUAAUUGCUUUCAGAGCAUUACGUUUAUAGAAAUCAGCGAGUUCUGUAAGGAGAAGAUGUUACUUCAAGAAAGAGGCAGUAGAGUUGCUGGUUCUUAAUGCACAGAACACACAGAUAUAUGCACACGUGUGCUGCUGAGGUGAGGCAGGUCUGGUGAGCACGGAGAGGCUGGGAAGGGGCUAAGUGACUAAUUGGUUCAGGUACUUUUUUCUAGGGGAGGUAGACUGCUGCUUUUUUGUAAAAAUGACAAACGUAGAAGUGGCAAUGCUGUAACCUGGUGCCUGCUGCUGUGCAGCCACAUACACACAAUUGUAGCCUGAUUUUUAGAAGUGUGGGUAAUUUUUUAAUGAAUUUCCUCCUUGAGUAGCAGCUGAGGUCAUUGACAACUGAAGUGAUGGUGUGGACAUAGAGAGAGAAGGGUUGGAAAGGAGUAAGUGAUACACUGCUGGAAUUUGUUUCCUGCCUAUGAAAUAAAAUUAUUUUUCAGAAUUAAAUUUGAAAACUUGCACUACAGAACUAUGGGUGGAGCUUUUCCUUUUACAACAGUUUUUUUUUUUUUUUUUUUUUUUUUAACCAGAGUUUAAACUUCCAUUAGGCAAUUUCCUGUCACUUGAAAUGUCAACAUUUGCUAACUUUUGGAUAUCCUUUUGGUUACACCAAAGAAAAAGUUAUGGCUAUUUUUUUUUUCCUUGAACUGCCUACAGUAUCAUGUCCUAAUUCAGAAAGAUUUAUCAAAAUCUACUAUAUAUUAUCUUACUUUGAAGAAAAUGCUGAAUAGCUCUUGUUAGUCAAAUAAACUGAUAAAAAUUGGUAGGGCCUGGCUAUCAAUUAGCCCUGGGAAAUGAAUUUUUAGAUUAAAAAGGUUUUUUUGCAUCAUUUGGUUUGUGCGUUUUUAUAUUUGUUUAUAAAUAAUUGAGUUGCUAAUUACUUCUAAUCUUCUCCAAUCAGAUUUUCAACAAUUUUAGACAUGGGACACAAGUGUGUGAAGUCUUUAUUUUAAUGUAAUAAUCUCAUUACCCCCACCCUUACUCCCUUAACUUCCAUGUACUUAGACUCCUUUAUUUGUUAAAUAAACUAGAGUAUUGUCUUCUUCAUUAGAAGGACCUAGGAUGACAAUGCGGAGAGUCUUGGUCUGAAUCUAGUGCGACUACCACCUGCCAGCUUUUGGGGGGUAUGGAAAUACUAUCUAAAAGUUGGACUGCAUGGGUCAAAUCAUUAUGAGACUUAUAAACUAAAACUUUAGAUACCCAUUUAGAAAUGUCUUUGAGGCAAAAACAAACCUAAAGAAUGAAGGCUCUUUCCCUUCUCUGAAAAAAACAAAACACUGCUCUUCACACAACUGGAAGUCAAGACCAGAGAUUUGGAGCAAUUGUCUACUAAUUUGGCACAAAGAUCGUUUGUUCUUUAGAAAAGUGGCGUUGGCUUUUGAAUAUGAAAUCUUCUCAUAGCUGCCUAAAAAAGACUAGAAUGUAUAUGGAUAUCAGAAACCUUUAAUACAUAAUUUAUGCAAAGAUAAGAUAAAGCAACAUAACACUAAUUAUAAAACUAUUUUUAAAUCCCCAUUUUUAAUGAAAAAUAUACAUUUGUAUUUAAUUUGCUUUGAAUAAAACAAUUGUAAAGUAAAUAUUUGAAACAUUUCUUUUUAUUUAUACAGGCAUUUUUUUUUGAAUAAUGAGAUAGGUGUUCUUAUACAGAAUUGUUGAGUGUUUUGCUGGAUACAAACAGAAAAGCAGUGAGACCAGAAGGUCUCUGGGGGAGGUGACAACCCAACAGAGGAGGUGGAACAUCACAGACACUGGAUGGCGCCAUCUACAAGGGCAAGUGGAAAAACAAGUCCACAUCGUGUCCUGUGGACUUUGGAAUAAAAUACGAAUAACCUAUCGCCUGGCAGUUCAGAUGACGUGGCAUGUGGAGAGACGUGAGAACUUCUUACAGGCAUGGAUGAAAUACAGGGAGAGAAGAAUCGAGACUCAUCCCUGAAACAUGGCACCUUCCAUGUGGCUACUCUACUCCUUGGGGCCCGCUUCUGUUAUGGACCGCAUCUUAAAAAGCUCCACAGGGGUAGAUCUGAUGGCUCUCAUACCCUCAUACUUUAAGUUCCAGAUAAUCACAGAAGCCCCAGCCCUAAAUUAUUUCCACUUUAUUUUUACUAUCAGUGGGGAGAGAAACAAAUGACUGCUUGGUCUGUCAGUUGGAAACAACCUCAAUGUGAUCUGCUUUCUGCCAUCCUACUAUUUCUGAAGAAUCUUGAUUGAACUCUUGCUUUUCCUGUGGGGGUGACUGUAUAUUCCUUAGGAGAAUCACAGUGAAAAGGAGACGUUUCUGUGUCUCCGUCUUUCUCCCCACCCACCACUGGCACCCUGCUCUGUGGUGGCAUCUUAGGAGGAGAGGGGAAAGAGUGGCUUUCUUGGUUCUGCCGUAGUAGGGGUUCAGCCUGCAUGCGAUGCUGAUUCCAUCAUCAAAUGAGCACAGCAGCAUAAUUUGCUUUGGCAGAUGUGAGGAUGUUGUUGGAGGAAUGGAGGGUCAUUUGAAUGAAACAUGGACCUGAUUCUUGCGCCACUUUCCUUAAUAAGCCACUCGGUAACUGUAAUACAGUUUCAGUUGCCUGCUCUGACCUACCUUCCACAGCGGCCAGCCUUUAUUCACAGAACAAGAGGUAGAGCAAUCUGUAGUCAUUUGUUCAGCAAUGGGGGAAAAAAAGUCCUAAUAAAUGCUUCUCAUGUGCUAGAUAAAGACAAGGAGGCCCAAAGAUAGAAAACGUGGUUGAGCUAUCAGUGAGGGGCAUGAUCCUACUGCCAGUUUAGAUUCUUCAAGAAGUAGACAGUUAGAAUACCAAAGGAUUUAUUAUUGGAGUAAGCACCUUUGAAAGGAAAAGAGGAAGCAGGACGAGGCAGGGAGAGCAGGCGAGCUGCCAUCCCAGGGGAACUCUGGGAAAAAGGUCACUCAUUGGAGGAGUCCUGUGUUGGACUGAAACAGUUAGGUCCUUGUACCAUGGCCUUGCUUGGUCUUUGGCAAGAGGGCCCCCUUAGAAAAGCAUGCUCUCAAUUUCCAUAAUUUAGUGAAAUCAUUGGCCACCAACCCCUCCUGUCUUGAGAAUAGCGUGACCUCAGCUUGAAAGCUAAGGUGGAUCCUGGUGAAGUAGCAGCUGGUGGCUGCCAGCUACCCACACUCCUUGCAGCUGGAUGGCAUAUCUUGUCUUGAAGGGGGAUCUAAGUGGCACCACUCUAUGCCUGCCAUGGUCCACCCCUUGCCUAUGUGGAUCCAUUUUCCCAAAAACACGCAGAGAGUGACUGUUCCAGGGCGCCAAUGGACCUCUCUUCCUGAGGAUAAAUGUUGAAAGAGGAGUUUGGUAGUACCAACUAUAGCACCUUCCUGCAAAUGGUUUUGGAACCACAACUGGUCCUCAUUACUCCCUGCUUCAUUCUAAAUUCCCGUCACCCACAACUGUCAUCUUUGCUGGUCUUGGUGGCUUUUUUGAUAGUAUAAACCAAGCUCUCAUUCCUGAGGGUCCUGAGCUCCUGGGAGCCAAACCCUUCUCAGACCAGGGUUGCUGCACUAGUCCAUUCAGUUACAACUGGGCAAGGAGUACAGAGGGUGCCUCCAGUGGAUCCGCUAAGUUCCACACACAUUGCUCUUGCCCCUAUCCUCUGACAGCAGGCUUGCCUCCUCUUGCAGUUCAGGGUCAAUUACCCUUGACUAGAUGGUGACUUCUUGCCUACUGGUCCCUGAACACAGAGUCCAAAGUGCCCACAUAGUAGCAGCAGACUGUAGUUCAAUGGGAUUCUUGCAAUAUUGCCUAGAGAAGGUAUACAGUCUCUGAGAACUAGGACUUCUGAUGCUGUAGAACCUGGAGUUGUGGGCAUGGGAAGUACUAAGUCCCUCAGUGGUUCGUUGGGUGUGAUGGUAAGUGGGGUCACUCCUGCCUCCACUCCUUGGUUCUGAAAUCUAUAUAUUCCUGUUGUAGACACAGCAUCAUACAGGCUUUCUGAUUCAAUAAGUAUACUGUGUGCAGGAGAUGGUGGCACAUCUUGGCAGGGUAUUGUCUCCCACCUGGCACUAAAGCAGGCCAUGCCAACAUUCCAUCAGUCUAGCAGCUUCUAGGUGGCGCAGUAUGUGAUAGGAGCAGUGGAUCCUAUGGCCACUGGCGAACUCUCCCUGAUUGGGUGUUAACAUGUAUAGAUCACAUAUUCAGCAAAUCCACGCUGACAGUUCAGAUGUUUUGUAAGUCCCUAGAUUGUGUUCAGGACCCUGUAGGCCCGAAAGGAACCACAUACCUAGAAUAGGAAGUCUGUCCUUGUGUGAAUAAACUGCUGGUGCUUCUAGGAAAGAAUGAGCCUACCAUAGUGAAUUUGCUAUCAAGUGACUAGUUGGUCUUCACAGCCUCAUCAGGGUCUCAGCAUUGGUAUCUGUUGCUGGCAGGUUGGAGAGUCACAGUGAGCAGUGUCUAAGUUGGCCUUGGUAAGUGGGAGCCCAUGUUGGUGGGUUCCAUCCAUAGCCUCCAUCUUUGCCACCACUGCCACUUUGUGUGUGCAUUUUACCAGCACUGAGGUGGGCACUGGCAAAAGCUAAUAGAACAGGCUAAGUCAUUUCAUCUACUUGGUUGUUUAGUGCCUCUUCUGUGGUGGGUGCUAUCUAGUGGGCAUUAACAUGUGAUACAGUUUUUCAACUUCUGUGUUCACUCCAUAUGCCCAUCCACAUGCCUCUACCCCAGACCUCCUAAUCCAUGUUUUUUCCUCCCAAACUCCUGAUCAGCUGGCAGGCCAUUUUCUGCCAUUUCCAUAAAUAUUUUACCUGUCCUCCCUCACAAGGUGAAUGAUCCAGUGUACCUCAAAAAAUUCUGCCCAGUUUUUGCAGGAAGAUUGCAAUUUUUUUCCCGCUUUUCAAUGUCACCUUUGAGUGAGGGUCCAUUUUCAGCUUGCAACUACAGAAGAUAACUAAUCAAUAAACCAAGCCCAAGCAUUCCUCUUCCUUCAGUGGAUCAUACAGGUCCUCCAACAACCACAGGGAGGGGGGAUGUAGGUGCCACUGUGCAGACAUGGCGGUUGGAAUAAUUGCUCUUGCAGUUUGCUUAUGUCCUCCGGUCUGGUUUGGAACUGCUCCUGUACAUAUCAUUUCCAUCUUCCAAUGGGCUGCUGCCGAUCCUACUAGCUUAUGACUUAGUGCUUCCCACAGGACCUAGUUAAGAUGAGCAGUUCUGGAUACAGCAUCACUGGGUCUCAACGUUCCCUCUCUACCAGGGCCCAGUAGCACAGCA